CGGAUGCAUCAGCCCUCCCCCGCCUUUACCGAAUUCUACCCCUCAAGGUUAAUCCGAUCCGCGCCCAACGCCGGUCCUAUAAAACACCCGACUGAUCCACUCUACUCCACCAGAUCAAUUGGAUCACUACAGCUGAUCCGUGCUUGAUCUUGAUCCUCCACCAGCUACAGAUCGAUCGAUCGAAAGUAACGCUCACGAUGCCCUCCGGAAAGCACCUCUUCCCAUCCCCCGACCCUGCCACCGGCGGUCUCGUCCUUCCCGCCCUCCACGCCCUGGCCGCCCAAACUCCUUCUCUAACCGUCAUCCCCCACGAAAAAGUCAUCUACGACACCGCCCACAAUCCCGCCCACGUCGCUCUCCUCUCCGGCGGUGGUGCCGGGCACGAACCCGCGCAUGCGGGAUACGUCGGCGAAGGCAUGUUGACGGUCGCAGUAAGCGGCGAAGUCUUUGCGAGUCCGAGGACGAAUCAGGUGUUGGCGGGGAUCAAGGCUGUGGCGCCUAUUUCCUCCGGCGUCCUCGUGAUCGUGAAGAAUUACACAGGCGAUACGCUCAACUUCGGUCUCGCUGCCCAGAAAUAUCUGGGAGGAGCGGCGAACCCAGUUCCAAUCCGCUCAAUCACAAUCGCCGAUGACGCCGCCGUCCCUCGUUCCCGGAUCGCCCGCGUCGGACGCCGUGGACUUGCUGGUACCGUCCUCGUCCAUAAAAUCGCCGGAGGACUCGCGUCGCAGGGUGCAGGCCUCGACGCCGUCCACAAAAUCGCACAACGCGUAAACAACUCCCUCGUCACAGCCGGCGUCUCUCUCGACCGCUGUCACGUCCCAGGCCGUCCCCACUCCGACACCGACUCCCUCCCAAAAGAGGAAGCCGAGCUCGGAAUGGGUAUCCAUAACGAACCAGGCGUAAAGCGUCUCUCCCCCAUCCCCGCCGCCGAGGACCUCGCGAGUGAUAUACUAAAGAUGUUGCUUGACCCCAACGACCCGGAACGCGCAUACGUCCCGUUCGCGGCGAGUGAUGCGACGGUAUUGAUGGUAAAUAACCUCGGCGGGACAUCCGUCCUCGAACUCUCCGCGUUCGCCUCGACGGUCAUCGCUGCCCUCGAUAGCCAGUGGGGAAUCAAGCCCGUUAGGGUAUUGGUGGGAACGUACAUGACAUCCCUCGACGCUCCCGGCGUAUCCGUAACCCUUCUCAACUGCGGUACCGGCCCCGGCGCUCAACAACUCCUCGACCUCAUCGAUCUUCCUGUUCGUGUACCGGGGUGGCACUCCAUCCCCUCCCAAGCUCCUGCACAGACCAUCGCGGCAGCCGAGACACUCGCUCCCGAAUCAUCCGUGACACCCUCCGAUAUCGGCCUCGACCCCCGUAAACUCAUCUCUGCACUCCGUGCUGGCGCCCAGGCACUCCUGAAAGCCGAACCCGAGAUCACGCAUUUCGACACCAUUGCCGGCGACGGUGAUUGCGGCCAUACCCUCUGUCUCGGCGCAAACUCCCUCCUCGCGCUCUCCUCUUCCGCAGAAUCCUCGGGCAGCGGUCCCACGAUGCGACAAAUCGCCGACGCGGUCGAGGGCGCGAUGGGUGGUACCUCCGGCGUAAUCUACUCAAUCUACCUCAACGCAUUCGCAACAGCACUCUCCACCCCGCCGUCAGGGGACGUGAGUCCCGAGGUGUGGUUACGCAGCGCAGCGAACGCAGCACUCGACUCACUCCUAACCUACACCACCGCUCGUCCCGGAGACCGCACCCUCAUCGACGCACUCCUCCCAUUCUGCCACGCCCUGCGUUCAGGAGCCACUCUCGACGAGGCGUUGAGCAAGGCCAGAGAGGGGGUGGAGAGUACGAGGGGGAUGAAGGCCGGGGUUGGGAGGGCUGUGUAUGUUGAGGAGGGGAAGGCGGAGGGGGAGGGGGUUCCGGAUCCGGGGGCUUGGGGGGUUGUUGUGUUGUUGGAGGGGUUGGCGCAGGGGUGGAGGGAUGUGUAGGGGGGGAAGAAAGGGGAAGGAGGAGGAGGAGGAGUGUGAUACCCUGUAUCACCCGUAUGUUUAUGACAGAGAUGAAUUGUUUGGUAUGGAAUGAAUUUUGCAUUCGAUAUGAGUUCUGAAACUUUGCAAUUGAAAAGGCCAUCAAAUGCUAUGGCGUACUCGAAAC